AUGGACUACGAAAACCUCCCGGACGACUACUUCCUGACGGCUGGCGCAUUCACCAAGAAGCUCUAUCGGGACCAGUAUCCCGCCAUUGAUCCUACCUUGCCAUCCCUGUCACAGCAGGGAAGAGUGGUUGUGAUCACCGGCGCGAGUUCAGGCCUAGGUGCUCAUGGGUUCCCAAUCUCAUUUGCCAAAGCCGGGGCAAAGGCCAUCUGGCUCGUCGCUAGAGAUAAGCAGGGCCUGAAGGCGACCAGACAGCGUGUUGUAGCAGUAGAUCCCUCCAUAAAGGUUCGGGCGAUAUCUCUCGACGUCUCCGACGAAGUCGGCGUUGCCCGGGUUUUCGACCAGAUCAAGUCGGAAGACGGAAAAGUCGAUGUCUUGAUCAACAAUGCGGGUCUUUCACGGGGUGGUCCGAUUACCUCUACCGCAAUAGACGGCAUCUGGAAGGAUUUCGAGGUCAUGGUUAAAGGAACCUUCAUAACAAGCCAAUACUUCACCAAACUACUAGGGCCGACGUCAAGGGGCUAUAUUAUCAACGUCUCAAGCAUAGUAGCCGUGCUUGCGAUGCCAGGAAGUGAUAGUUACGCCUUGUCAAAGAUGGUUCAAUCCGCAAUGCAGCGCUACAUUGCACUUCUGAAUCCGAAUAUCAUUGCGACGAGUCUUCAUCCGGGAACGGUCGCGACUAAUAUCGUCCCGGAAUUCUUUUCGAGAUUUGCAAAGGACACGCACGACCUUGCUGCCGGCACUGCUUUGUGGCUUGCGAGUGAAGAUGCGCAAUUCAUGAAUGGGCGGUAUAUGUCUGCGAAUUGGUCCGUGGAGGAAAUGGUGGAGCGUCGGGAGGAGAUUGUGGAACAUGACUUGCUCAAGUUUGACUUGAAGAUUGCGCCUUAUGCUACCUAG